AUGCGACGCGGACUCUUGGUUUUCCUCGUUGUUAACCUCCUCAUUGUCACAUUUUUGAUUCGCAGUGUCUCAACACUCUUAUCAUUGCUGCUGGAGGAUGCUGCAGCUGAUGCGAUCCAUCGCGCGGAGCUUCCCUCGCCAAAUUCGAGCUUGAUCGAGCAACGACCCCAGGUUAUUCCCAAGAUUAUCCACCAAACAUAUAAGAACGAAUCAAUUCCCGAAGUAUGGCAGGAUGCCCAGCAGAGCUGCAUCGACCUGCAUCCCGAUUAUGAAUAUAUUCUUUGGACGAAUGAAAAAUCCCGUUCAUUCAUUGCAGCCGAAUAUCCCUGGUUCCUGGACACCUUUGACAACUACAAAUAUCCCAUCCAGCGUGCUGAUUCAAUUCGGUAUUUUGUUCUGGCUCAUUAUGGUGGCACCUACAUUGAUCUCGACGAUGGUUGCAACCGGCGGUUAGAUCCUUUGCUCUCGUAUCCCGCUUGGGUGCGUCGCACCGCUCCCACUGGUAUUUCGAACGAUGCCAUGGGAUCUGUUCCGCAACAUCCGUUCUUCCUCCACGUGAUCGAGCUGCUGCAAUCGUAUGACCGCAGUUGGCUUCUCCCGUAUAUCACGGUCAUGUAUUCAACUGGCCCUCUUUUCUUAUCUGUGGUUUGGAAAGAAUACAUGGCAGCGAACCCCACCGAAGCGGGGCGCGUCCGAAUUCUUAUGCAGGAUGAAUACAACCGGUACUCCUGGAGCUUUUUUACUCACCACGUGGGAAAUAGUUGGCACGGGAAGGAUGCCAGGUUGAUCUUCUGGAUGGGACAGCACUGGAUGCUCCUGACAGUCGCUGGCUUCGUUAUUGCCGGCACUGUUGGCUUGUGCUUGUGGUGGGCUUACGGCCGUUUACUGCUCCUCGGCUCCAAGUACCGCUACCGUUAUACCAAGCUCCCAAUUCCAGGCUUUAGUCGUUUGUCCUCUCCGUCGCGUCGACCGCGUGAUGCGAGGCCAAUUUUACUUCGCAGGGUCAGCUUCAAAGACGAAGAAGCUGGUCCUACCGAAACCUCUUAUGAAUUCGGCAGUCGAAGCGAGUAA